AUGGAUAUCAAAAGCUGGUUGCAAACUGUCCUUCUUCAAUAUUAUAAUGAUCCUGACCGUACCUUUAGAGAUGUUGAUGCCGUGUUACAAAUGCACAUUACAUCUUUGAAACCAAAGAUGGACACUUAUACAUAUAAUGACGGACAUACCCAACUCCUGUUAUGUCUUCAUGGAACGAUACCUAUCACAUAUCGAUCAAUCCCUUACAAUAUUCCUGUCGCCUUUUGGAUUCCAACAGAAUACCCUCAAUAUCCUCCUAUUCCAUAUGUCAAACCAACUGCUAAUAUGCUCGUACGUGAAGGGAAACAUGUCGACAAAAGUGGACUUUGUUAUCACCCAUACAGAUCAAACUGGAAAGAGGAUACCAAUAAUCACACCCUAUUGGAACUUAUUGCUAUCCUUCAACACAUCUUUGGUAAUGAACCUCCUGUGUAUACAAAAGCUACAACAUCAAAUCCACCAUCCAAUGUCGGAUCACCUAUUAAAGAACAUGCCUUGGCCACCAUGUCACCUGGUCCCGCUCAUACACCAAUGCCCCCACCUGUACCUCCUUCAUCACAAUCACCUCUACAACCAUUGAACAUGAUGGAUACGACCAUUCACCAGCAAUCUCGUUGGCCAGGUGAAGGAACUGCUUUUUACAACUUGAAUCAAGAUAUGUCUGUAAGUAAAUUCAUGAAAUUUCACUAUCUUACACUGACUAAUUAUUAUUAUUAUUAUUAUGAUUAUUAUAAUUAG